AUGCCCGAUGGUCUAUGUGACCCCAACGUCCGAGAUGUUGCUCAUUGGGCUGAGGCUCGUGAUCGGUCUACACUGGUUGAUUUCCUUUUGAUAUUGAAAGAGGUCUUUGCUAAAGAGCCGCCCGUGAUAUCUAAAGAUGCUCCAUUCAGAAGACAACCAACCCCAUCGCAGCAGAGCACUCCACCAGCAGUACCACCAUUACCAGCUGAGCUAGCACGGCCUUCACCAAGCGUCGCUCCGUCGACACAGCCACAAACCCCCCCAAAACUCCCUCCGAAGCCUGGUGGAGAGAGGCAUCAAGCUGCUUCAGAACGGCCAGCUGAGGACACGGUCACAGCGCGCAAUGUGCCGCCACCUCUGCCACCCUUGCCUGCGGAGCUACAGUCAACGACUCACCAGCGAGAUGGUCCUGGGCUAGAAAAUCGAGGAAACCAGUUUCUACCUCAGAGGUCAAGUGCCUUAAGGAGCGAGGUCACUCCGGCGCCCCAGCCUCCACCUCCAACACACCCAAGUCAACAUCAGACUCAAGGAUUCAUUCUGGGAGCUCAUGACCGCAGACCAUCAAAUGUCCAGAGUCCGCCAGUGGGGUCUACACCCCAUGCACCUCAAUAUCAGCAAGCAUACCAACCUCCAUACCCCCGUCAACAAUUCUCUCCCCAACACAAUAACACUAUAAUGCAUCCGUCUCAACAACAUGCAAUCCAUCACCAGCACAGCCCUCUACAUGUUCCACAAAGGGAUGCCCAAUCGCCUCUGGCCGCAAAAAGCUCUCCAAAAAAAGGGGAAACACAAGACCUUCUUACUUCCCCCUUUGAUCUCGAAUUGCCCGCUCAACUACCCUCGUCAUCGCCGCCACCAAUCCCUCCAAAUCCAGAGAAAGAUGUCCUAUUACAAACUCUCUCGGGGACGCUAACCCAAACGAUCCAUGCCAAUGUCGAACAGUCGAAUUCUCGCAUAGAGCCAUUGAAUUCUCAGUCAAAGGCAUUACAUGAUGCCAUUUCCACCCUUCGAUCCGAGAUUGCUGCGGUAAACGCAUUCCACGCCAAUAUCCAAUCAAAUACCCAGAUCCUACAGCAGUCUCUACGUCGCGCGGAUGGUGUUAUAGCAGACGCAAAGUCACGCAUAUCAUCGUCAUCUGCAUCUUCCUCCAAGCAUCCCGCUGGCCUACCUGCUAUAGAUGAGGUACUGGUUCCCCCAACCGUGGUAGGAAAGCAAAUCUAUGAUCUUGUGACGGAUGAACGCGGUAUUCAACGAGCGAUAUAUGCCCUCCAGUCUGCACUCGUUAGAGGACGGGUAGGCGUAGAUGUGUGGGCCAAGUCCACACGGAAUUUAGCUCGAGAGGCAUUUUUGAAGAAGGCUUUGAUACGCAAAGCGGCCAAUGGGAUGGGGUUAACUGUUUAA